AUGCUUCGACACACCACCACCGCCCUCCUCACCGCCGCCCUCGCCGCCCUAGGCCAAUGCGGCUCCACCGUCUUCGAAUCCCUCCCCACCAACCACCCGCCCGGCUGGACCCGCCUCGGCAACGCGCCCGCCUCGCAGCACCUCAAGCUACGCAUCGCACUCCAACAGCCCAACGAAGCGCUCUUCGAGCGCGCCCUCUACGAGGUCUCGGACCCGGCCCACGCGCGCUACGGCCAGCACCUGUCGCGGGAGGCGCUCGCCUCGCUGCUGGCGCCGCGGGCCGAGUCGACGGCGGCGGUGCUGGGCUGGCUUCGCGGCGCGGGGAUUCCGCCGGGGCAGGUCGAGGCUGAUGGGGAGUGGGUGAACCUGGCGGUGACGGUGCGGCAGGCGGCGGGGUUGCUGCAGGCGGACUUUGGGGUGUGGGCGCACGACGGGACGGGUGUCAAGCGGGUGCGCGCGCUGCGGUAUUCGGUGCCGGAUGAGGUGACGCCGCAUAUCCGCAUGGUGGCGCCGGUGGUGCGGUUUGGGCAGGUCAGGCCGGCGGGCAGUCAGGUGUUUGAGGUGGUUGAGCCGCUGGUGCAGCCGCAUGCCAAGGUGGCGGCGGCGAUUCCGCCGCAGGAGCUGGAUGCGAAGGCGUGCAAUUCGAGCAUUACGCCCGAGUGUCUGCGGGCGCUGUACAAGGUCGGCUCGUACCAGGCGGAGGCCAGCAAGGACAGCUUGUUUGGGGUUUGUGGGUAUCUGGAGGAGUGGGCCAAGUAUGACCAGCUCGAGCUGUUCAGCGACACGUACGCGCCGUAUGCCGCCGACACAAACUUCACCGCUGUGGGGGUCAAUGGCGGGGUGAACGAGCAAGGGUCGUUGGAGCAGGACGAUGUGGAGGCCAACUUGGACAUCCAGUAUGCUGUGGCCAUGUCGUACAACACUCCCGUUACGUACUACAGUACCGCAGGGCGUGGGCCUUUGGUGCCUGAUCUUGACCAGCCGGAUCCGAACGAGGUUUCCAACGAGCCGUACCUGGAAUUCUUCUCAUACCUUCUGAAGCUGCCCGACAACAAACUGCCGCAAACCCUGACCACAUCUUACGGCGAGGAUGAGCAGUCAGUCCCUCGCCCGUAUGCCGAGAAGGUCUGUCAGAUGAUCGGCCAGCUGGGCGCUCGGGGAGUGUCCGUCCUUUUUUCCUCGGGGGAUACCGGUGUCGGCUCUGCGUGCCAGACCAACGACGGCAAGAACACAACCCGGUUUCUGCCCAUCUUCCCUGCUGCUUGCCCUUACGUCACUUCCGUCGGCGGAACCCGCUACGUCGAGCCAGAGCAGGCCGCGUCCUUCUCCUCCGGCGGCUUCUCCGACAUCUGGCCGCGGCCGUCCUACCAAGACGCCGCAGUAUCAAACUACCUACGGGAUCACCUCCAAGGCCGCUGGAAGGGUCUCUACAAUCCGGAAGGGCGCGGUUUCCCGGACGUGGCGGCCCAGGGCGUGGCCUACCACGUCUUCUCCAGGGACCGUGACAUCCUAGUCUCGGGCACCAGCGCGUCGGCACCCAUGUUCGCGGCGCUGGUCAGCCUGCUCAACAACGCGCGCCUAGCCGAGGGCCGGCCGCCGCUGGGCUUCCUCAACCCCUGGCUGUACUCCGAGGAGGUGAGCCGCAAGGGGGCGCUGACCGAUAUCGUCCAUGGCGGCUCCACGGGCUGCACGGGCACGGACAUGUACUCGGGCCUGCCCACCCCGUACGUGCCGCACGCGAGCUGGAAUGCGACCCCUGGUUGGGAUCCGGUUACGGGGCUCGGCACGCCGGUCUUUGAUAAAUUGCUGGAGCUGACCGGCGGGAAGCUGCUGCAUAUUGGGGUUGGCCUCGGAGUUGGUAUUAACAUCGGUGUCACCGUUGGGGAGGACGCGGACCGCGAUUGA